GUACCACAUCCCCUUUCAAAAUUCUGCGCAUCUUAUUUAACCGCCGGCUUCCUGAUUUGUAAUCUGAACCUACCCAUCCAAACCACUACUGCUAGAAUCGUCGCAUCAAUCCGAAUAUAAGAUCUCGGCAUACAUAUAGAACCCAAAGAGAUAUCUGUCCUUUUUGCUACACAGAUCCCUGCCCAGUUAAAUUUCCGAACCGAAAGCCCUAGAGCUCAAUAGACUAGAAUUCGCUCUCACUUUCACUGAUUAGCUGUCCCCAGAGCCGAAACCCCCUCCACUAGCAUCACAAAGUACUAUAAUAGAGAGUCAAUAGCAGGUUCUCUUACGCGUACCAAGCAAACGUAUACCCAACUAAUCCCAAUGCAACAAGUCCAGGUCAUCCACUCAUCGCCAAGCAAUACUCACAUAAUCCCACCUAUGCCCUCUAACUUGGUCGGUGAGGACAUUAUUGCAGAACGCGUGUUGCAGCGUGCGGAAAUCUCGCGCAUUACGCGUCAGUUGAAGUCACGGUUGGCCAAAGCUGGGAUCAAAGCCAAGGUGGAGAACUCGCAGCUUUUCAGCAGUUCUCCCAACAAGCACAAUGCCCAGUUCUCCUCUGAGGCCAAUUUUUCACCGCUCAAGGCCAGCGGGGAGUUUUCCCCGCUAAAGGAUGCCCAUUUCUCCGGAAGUGCCCAAUUCUCGCCAUUAAAGGCCCCAACCUUCUCUAGUAUGAACCACUUGCCAAGCUCCGCAACAACUGAGGUCGAAGAGCGAUUCCCGUCGAAACGCACACUCGACUCGGAUGCGACUGACACCGACACGGAAUGUUCACCCAUGAAGAAACACACGUCAAACCCCACCCUAUCUAAUAUCCCCUCAUCGCCUAUUUACCAGCAGUACCAGCAGCAGUCAGAAAGAGAGCACAACAUGACAACUGACCCGCCGCAGACCCCGCCAUCGACUUACAGCUCCUUGCACAAGUCAUCCUCUGUGACAUUGGCGCUGGCGCAAUCCACCAUAUCGCACGUAUCGCAUCUCAACAACCUUUCGCCCUUGUCCAAAGUCAACAAGCCACUCACAUCCUCACCUGGCCUCUCCACACCUAAGACAUCGCGCAAUCGCAUGAGCUUGCUUACACCCAAGGGACGUAGUAACGACGAGGAGGGGGCAGAUUUGUUAAUGUUCUUGGCGACCUCACCGUCUCCUGCCACAUACGGAAAGAACAGUUCCAUGUUGGGUGCUCUUCCAUCGCUUCCAAAGCUCCAGUUUCCGAAUUCGCUAGACACAAAGUCGCCGAUCGCACUUCCUAGUUUCAACAUCACAGCCUCCGCCAGCGGCGCAGCGACCGUCUCAUCUACGCCGAACAAAGAGAGCAGACCAAAGUCUGCGUUUCUCGCCCCGGCUACGCCUAAGCGCUCAAACAAUCUCUUAUCGGGGGUGAAUAAAACGCCAAUUACGUCCCGUUUUGCCGGCACCGGUAUCACUAAUGCCGAUCUUUUAAAGACCCCUACAACCACCAGAGCCACACCCGUGGGCUUCAGUAUGAGCGACUAUGUCAACUUUUUGACCCCUUCGCCCAUCUCGCGCGCCAUGUCCGGUCGCACGCCGCACCAGGCCUCGAACGACUUGAGCUCCUUCCACUUGAGCGGCGGUCCUGCGCUUGGCGCCAGCAAUCUCGGCGCUGGUGCUGCUGGCCGUAUCGUCAACUUUGAUAAAUUGUCCUUUGGGGGAAGCAACGUCGAGAAGUAGGCUUAUGGUUUCUUUAGCGUUGGUACUUAUUCCUUUCCAUCUAUUUAUCCUUUUUCUUUUUUUUCCUUUUUCAUUCUACAUCAUUCUUUUCUCUUUGUCAGCUCCUUCUGUUUAUUUUUCGGUUCUACGGUUUCUAUCCUACACUCUUCUGGUACUUAUCUCAUUAAUAUACCACUCCGGUAAAUCUGA